GGUCAAAGUUGGUAUGAUGCGGAAGUGGCUUCUCUUGUGUUCAUUUGAUCCCGCAGCUCGUUGGCUGUCCUCAAAAUCAUUUUAUUGUCUUUUAUCGCGAAGUUGCCAGAUGUGUGAUCGUUUGAUUUUUUUGUUAUAAGAGAAGUUUUAAGAGCUUCGUUUAUAUUGCACGCGCGGGGUUUUAAGGUUUCAAGUGCUGUCUGUCACAAUGACCACCAUCGUCCAUGACACCACAGAGGCGGUGUGCCUCUCUGCCGAGUACAACAUGUACUUGAAGCCCAUCGCCAAAAUGACCAUCAGCGUGACACUUCCACAGCUCAAGCUGCCGGGAAAGAGCAUCUCCAACUGGGAGGUAAUGGAGAGAGUAAAGGCCAUGGUGGUGCCCGACCAGUUCUCAGCCCUGCGGGUCUCCAAGAGCACCAUGGACUUCAUUCGUUUUGAGGGAGAAGUGGAGAACAAAACGGUUGUUAAGAGUCUGUUGAGUCGCCUGGAUGGGAAGAGCAUCAAACUUAGUGGAUUUACUGAUGUACUGAAAGUUCGUGCCGUGGAGAACAAAGUGGACUUCCCAACAAGACACGACUGGGACUCUUUCUUUCGAGAUGCCAAAGACAUGAAUGAAACUCUUCCGGGUGAGCGACCGGACACGAUUCACUUGGAAGGUCUGCCCUGCCGCUGGUUCAGUCAGAAACAAAGCGGUUUUCCCGAUCGUCCGUGUGAGGAGGCUCUCAUCGCUGUCUUUGAGGCCUUUGGCAAGGUGCGCAACGUGGACAUCCCGAUGCUGGAUCCGUAUCGGGAGGAGAUGCUGGACAAAAACUUUAAUACUUUUAGUUUCGGGGGCCAUCUGAACUUUGAGGCUUAUGUGCAGUAUCACGAAUACUGCGGCUUCACCAAGGCCAUGGACACGAUGCGCGGCAUGAAGUUGAUGCUGAAAGGAGAUGAUGGAAAGGCAGUGGCCUGCAACAUCAAGGUGACGUUUGACACCACAAAGCAUCUCGGCGAGUCAGCUGUGAAGAAGCGAAACCUGGAGAGGCUCAAGCUGCAGGAGUUAGAGAAGCAACGAGAGGACCAGAAGCGGCGGGAGAAAGAAGAAGAAGAGCGACGUAAAGAGCAGGAGCGGAAACAGAAGGAGCAGGAAGAAGAGGAGCGGGAGCGAAAGAAGGAGGAGAAGCAGCGCAAGCGUGAGCAGAAGCUGCAGGAGAGAGAAGAGAGGAGGAACAUGAAGAGGAUGAGGAAGCAGCAGGAGGAGGAGCAGAAGAAGCUUCAGAUGAAGAUCGCCAUGGAGGAAAGGAGGCUUCUAUUGGCCCAGCGCAACCUGGAAUCAAUCCGCCUCAUCGCUGAGCUGCUGGCCAGAGCCAAGGCGGUCAAGCAGCAGCAGCAGGAGAAGGAACGCGCCGAACGCGAGGAGCACGAAAAGCGGGAGAAGGCUCGGCAGGAGGAGGAGCGGGUCCGUCGCGAGCAGCAGGAGGCGUGCCGGCGCAAGCAGCAGGAGGAGCUCCUCAAGGUGGAGCUGGAGAAGGAACGGGCCUUGGACCUCCAACGGCGGGAGAAGGAACUGAGGGAGAAGCUGCUCUCCAACAUGCUGAAGAACACCGGCGAGAAGGAGCAGGUGAACUCUGGAGGGAGCAAAGAGGCCCCAGAUCCUGGCAGGGAAGAUGCAUCUCUGCUGGCCCUGGGUCAGGUAAACGGAUUGAAGGCAGCAGAGGGCAAAGAGAAACCAGUCUCCACACCUUCCGAAAUGUCAGGAAAAGGCAAAGGGACAAAGGUGAGCAAGGUGGCUGAUGAUGUGAAGAAGACGAAGGAGGAGAGGAGGAAAGAGGAGGCGAGGAGCCAGUACAGCAAGGAGCGUGACCGCAGCUCCAGGAGGCUCCAUUCCAGCACCAGCAGGAGGAGAAGGAGCAGGAGCAGGACCAGCAGCCACCGCAGGACCUCCAGGAGGAGCGACAGCCCGCGCCGCAAGAGGAGGCACAGCCACAGCCACUGGAGCAGAAGCACAAGCUCCAGCCGGGACCGGAGCAGGAGCAGCGGAGGGAGGAGCUACAGCAGGGGAAGGAGCCGCAGGCACAGUCACCGUCGAUACAGCAGAGACAACUCCAGGAGCAUCAGCCGGGACAGAGGUCGCCACGACCGAGGACACAGGCGGCGCAGCUCCAGUCAAGACAGGAGUCACUCCAGAAGAUGAACACGCUCCUCUUGGCAUGUUGCAGCCAAGUUCUUCAUUUUGACUUUUGGAAAUUAAAUGAAGAGCAUAUUUCAAAGACGCACAAACAGCGCGAGCAUUGUUUUUCACACUAACAUCAACUCAAGUUUACUUGUACAUUGUUAGCCAUCCUUUCCACACUCACUUGACAUUGCAUUGGCUUCAUCGUGAAACAACAUUAUCUCACCUUUCUAUUACUUUUUUUUCCAAAGGUGAUAGGUGGGGGAGCAUCUGGUGUUGCUCUACUGUAAAUUUCAAACUUGCAAACAACUUACCCGAUGCAUCUCCACCAGUAGAUGGCAGUGAUGCCCCAUUCUCAAUACAAGAUCAGCACCGUUUGCGUCCAUUGGGACAAGUGGCUGCGUUUUGUGCAACCUAUCAUUUCUUUUACCACUUUUACUCUGUUCUUUAUUUCUCUUGUGGGUCUUGAAAUUGCCAAAAUUCUCUAAAACGCUUGGCCGUGAAUGAGGUCAUGCACAAUUAAUCCAACAAAUCAGACAGACUAAAAACAUGAGAUGAAAUUCUUAAAUAGCUUUUUCAAGUUCCAGAGGGAAAGAGAAGAAUUGUUUCACUCAUCUAACAGUAUUUGUGCAUUAGUAACAUGAAAAAAAAAUUAACAGCAACUACUUGACUCAUAGGAAUGCACUUGGAAAACUGAACUGUGUUUCGGAUUAGCCCCUCAGACACUCUGUGACCACUUCUGCUGCAACUGAUGUCUUGCUGGAAGAAGCGAACCACCACAAAUGUGAACUACUGACCACUUGAAAACAGUUCUCAGCUGCCUCAAAUGUUGUUUUUUUUUUUUUAAGUUUGUCUUGAAGCAGCCGGAGAAAACUCAGGAUUUACAACCAACGGAAUGCUUCCUGAAAAUGGUUGAAACACAUCUUUAUUUCCCUAAAGGCAUUUCUUCUUCUUUUUUAAUUUUUUAAAUAAGAUUUUCUGAUUGUAUGAAAGCGUUCUUGUUCUUUUAGUGUGACCGACUUGCGAGAUGAAAGCUUAGGAGAAAGAGUGACUAAAUUCUUUGAAGCUGAUUAAGCAUGCAGCCCAGUUUCCAGAACAAGAGGAAUGUUAGAACUCUUGACAUGGUGGCUCUUGAUAAAAUUGCAAGGGACUCAAGAUACUCUCUGUCACUCGCUUAGAAUUUUGGAUUUGUCAAAUCAAGAGUACUGUGCAGCCAGGAGGAUGCUCACGACAAAGUAAAUAAAACUUCUAGGCUUUAUA